UUUGGUCCAUGAUGAGAGGAUAGAAUUUACAGAAUGUCACAGAGCUCGGUGUUCCUUUUGAUGGUUGGGGGGCAGAUUGAAUCUGCAGAGUUUCCAGAUUUUGAUGACAUUUACUGCAAAUAUUGUUUUACAUUUGGUCCCGAUUGGCUGGUUACCUCUGGUUUAGAUGAAGGCCUGACACAAGUCACAAAGAAAAGUCGAGAUGACAGGCAGCAGUUUGUAUGGAACUUUCCUCUGGACAUAACAUUUAAAAGUACCAAUCCCUUUGGUUGGCCCCAAUUAAUAGUACAUGCUUAUGGAAUUGAUGCUUUUGGAACUGAUGUUGUUAGAGGAUAUGGAGUAACACAUGUACCUAUCACACCUGGAAGACAUAAAAUUCGUCUCCCUAUGUUUGUGCCAGAGUCUUCAUCACAGUUACAGAAAUUAACAGCGUGGAUUUUGGGGCGUCGGCCUGAAUAUGUGGAUGUACGCGUUUUAGCCCAGGGGGAGGGAAGAGAGGUGACGAGAGUAAGAUCUCAAGGUUUUCUCACCGUGUCAUUUAAUGUUGUGAUGAAGGACAUGAAAAAACUAGGUUAUGAUGUCAUUCCAUCAGAAAUGUCAACAUCUGUGAUUCCCGAGACAGUGGGGGGUACAAGUGGAGGGACCAAAGACACAUGAUCAUCUGUUAGAGACUUACUAACUUAAUGUAUGUAGGGACAGAUCUGAUAUGAAGUACAGCAAACUUCUCCAUUUUAACUGAUUUACAGUCCGUCCAGUAAAUAGUGUCACUUUGUGAAUUAUAUUUAUAAUGUGUAUUUUUUAAAAAAAAAAAAAACUAUACAAAUUCAUAAUUGCAGCAUACCUAUUUCACAAUUUAAAAAAACUUUUUGCAAAGUACAUGUGUAAACUACUUCU